CCCAAAAGCCUCAGCCGACGUGGCCAACUGCCAGGAAUUCUGGGAGCUGAAGUCCAAAACACCCGAAGGAGCAAAAGGUUGGGAACCACUGCUUUAGAAGGCAGUCUCUGCUGGCGUGUGCUCUUGGAAGAAGAGACAGUGAGCCGGCAGCGUCCAGGUUCUGCUCUUAAGGCCAGGUGAACGCCAUGCUUCCAGCGGCUGGAACAUAUCAUUUUCCUUGGGAAAUAAAGUCUGUCCCAGAAGGAAAGACAUUAAGAACAUUUGGCAGGCUACAGUCCUAUGAUAUGAUCAGCUCUCAAGCCAUUAUAACAGCUCAGCACGCUUCUGUUCAGCACUGCAUCUGGGUUUGUACCAAGUUUGUGGAACCAUUUCAAGCACACCUUGGGUCCCUCUAUCUCGUACUUGGGGAAACUGAAUGUGGAGAGGGUGAGAAUGUCCUUAUCAAGGCACGGAUAUUUACAUGCGUGGAAGGAAUGAACCUUCAGUUGUUGGAAAAGGCUGUUGAUGAACAGAGAAAAUAUUUCCAGGAGAGAAUGAAGAAUCCAGGAGGAAACACUUCCUAAUCCUAUGCUUUAAGAUGAACUUUCUGUGAAACAGACUUCAUUCUAUAUGAUAUUGACUAUCUCACCAGCUUGCGAGCUGUUCCUGGAUCAUUUUGUAAUGUUUUUGUAAAGCUGUAAUUUUUAUUUAAGCUUGAGAUUGGUAUUUUGAAAACGUUCUUAUUUUUUACUAUUGCAUUCAGAGAAUGUAUAUUUCUUCUAUCAUAGAAAUGAUGCUUGAUUGCAUUAGGAUGUUUGUAAACCACCAUCAUCUUUAGAAAGCCAUUUAAAUAAUAAAAAAUGCAUAGAACUGA